ACAAAAUCUACCAAAGUAGAGAUUGGGUAUACUAAACAUGACGGUGUCGCUGCAGUCCAAAUGGAGGUACUUGUAAAUGAAUCUCCUUGUUGGGCGGCAAAAGCAACUGUAACAGAUGUGAAUCUUCAAGCGAAGUUUAGAGUGGGAAAGGUUCGUGACGCAUAUUCGCAUUUUGUGGGUGCUUUUUUCUAAAUGCACGUGCGUUUAUUUGGAAGCGAUUUCCGGUUAAUGUCCAUACUCCUUAAUUUAGUAGUUGAUCGCCUUUUUCAUGUUCAAUCAAUGACAUGUAGCUGGGUUGUGGAGACUAGUCAAUCAGUUAGGCAGGCAGGAAGGCAGUUGAUCUACAUUUUCAUGUAUCAACCAAUCACAUGGAGCUUGUUUGUGGAGACCAGUUAGUCAGUAGUUCAGUCAGUCAGGCAAACAGGCAGGCACGCAGCUGGCCAGGCAGUAAAUUUUGGGCUUGACAGUCUGGCAAGCAGUCAACUGGUUAGCCAGUUGUUCAGUGCUUCACUCACGCAGGUAUGUGUGAGUUUGAUGGUCAGACAGACAAUGUGUCAGCUAUUCACUCAGUCAGUCAAUAAAUUAGUUUUUCAUUUAAUCAGUCUGAAAGGCAGGCAUCCAGCAUACAAAUCAAUCAAUCAGUCAGUAAAUCAUCCAGCUACAUCCAGGCACGCCUCCACCAGCGAAAAGAAAAAUCACCAAGAUGCUGGAAUAUUGAUCAAUCAUAACUUAACAAUCAGUUAGUCAGCGAGUGAGUCGGUCGGUCUCCUGGUCAUUCAGUCAGUCAAUGACUCAAUCAGGCUGGCAGUCGGUCAGGUGGUCUUUAAUUCAUUCAGUUUGUCAAUCAGCUUGUCAGCAAGUUGUCUUAAUCUCUUGGUUUUACCAAACAGGAAUCAGAAGAACAAGCAAAGCAGGACUCUGGAAAAGCCGCAUUCUCUGGAGCAUAUCAGAAUGAU